AUGUAUUUCGCUGAGAUGGAGGUGGAGAUGGAGCUGAGAAUUGCCCUCUUGUAUGAAAUGGAAAUAUAUUUUUAUUUUUUAAACUAAAAAAGACUUUUUUUUCAAGAAAUAACUAUUGGAUUUUGGUUUAAUAAAGACCAUGGCAAGAAGGAUUAGCGAUGCUAUUUUGAUAAUUAUGAGUUUGCUAAACAUUUUAACUCAAGGUGCACCACUGAGAGAAGGCCGGGAAGCUGCAGACUUCACUUCACAGUCUUUACUUCAACAAUCAGAAGCAUCAAACUCUCGCCUGAGAGCCAAACGCUGCACCUGCUACUCUUUUAAAGACACUGAGUGUGUGUAUUACUGUCACAUGGGCAUUAUCUGGAUCAACACACCACAACGUCCAGUUCCUUAUGGCAUGUCAAGUUACCACAGCCCUCAGCGAUUGAAGCGCUCCAGUGGGACAACCGGUUUGGCGAUUCAUCAAGUGUCAAGUCUUCUUUGAUGCAAAGCACAUGGAUCAUAACAGUGUACAUAACAAGAGGAAGAUUCCUUCACAUCAUCUUCACACCUUAUUUAAGAUCAAGACUCAUGAUCAACACAGGUUUUGGAUUUGGAAUAAGACCACCCGACAUUCCUCAGCAUGAAACAACCAAAACUCAUCUGGUUCACGGAAUGAAGUGAAUUCUUUAGAAACUCUUUGCAGGUUUCAGAAGCAUCUGUCUGUGUGUGACCAGCCUCGGGUUAUAAGGGCUAUGGACCUACAGCUGUUUCACUGUCUGCAAGUAUACAUUUGAUCUCCUUGAAUUCUGAGAAGUUUAUAAAAUACGCUAUGCAUUGAUCUUCCCUUUUGUGGGCAGAUUUUCAAAGAGGGAUUACUGGACAAAGAUGGAGAUUAAGUGGCUCUUGAAUUUGUGCUUGUACUAAGGCUUUCCACUUUGUCUGAUUUCAGAUGUCAAAAAUUUUUACAUUAAGAAUACAUUUUCAUUAUGAAAGAACUGCUUAAGUGAUCUAGAGGAAAUUGCUACUAUAGAUUUUCUGUUUAAACAUCUACAUUUUUACCCACUCAAUAAAAAUGUUUCCCCAUUCCAAGUUAAGACAUUUUAUACUCUUCAGAUGGCAAAUACUGUAAUGUUAUUGUUCUCGAUCAGUAUGAAAUACUAAGUCAGUAUAAAAUAACCUGAAUGUCUGAAUACUAAGCUGCACUAAGACACCAUAUUAAACUAUUUUUAGGGUUUUCACACUGUCAGAAAAAUUGUCAAAAAAUUGUCCCAAGCUUUCACUGGGGAAAAUGUAUUGCUGAAACACGUUACAAGGACUGUGAACUGUGUACUGAAUAUUGGAGUUACACCGUUAAACAGUUUAUCCACAUUUCUGUGUUCAGGAUUAUUUGGGCGGGGCUAAAACGGCGACUCAAUGACCACGUUUACAUGCACACCAAUAAUGCGAUUAUAAUGGGAUUUUGUCAAUACUGCGAUUAUACUUUACCUCAUGUAAAAGCAAUAAUUCGAUAAAAAAUAAUGCGAUUAAGCUCAUAAUCGCAGUAAUCGCAUUAAAAGAGGUGGCGUACGCCGUUUAUAAUCGCAGUAUGCGUCCAUGUAAACACUUUAAUCGCAUUUAUACCGCACUAAUUAAGUGCACGUGUGUUUUAGUCACGCACCUUAACCACAAAUUCGUUUUAAACUUGACAUUAGGAAGUUUUACGUGAACUCUGCCAACACGACUCGCUGUCAGCAGUCUGUCUUCAUUCAGAAAUAGCUCAAAUAACACGACAUUAGUGUAUUAAACCAUUAAGGGACAUUAUAACAAUAAUUAUAACGAUAAAUAUAUUAGUGACCACAUCAUGAUAACUUCAUGCUAAUUCGCUCAACCCGCACGGCAUUACUUAUUGGAUAUUUCUUGUAAUAAAAACUUUUUUGCAAUUGUUUACAUGUCACUGAAUAGAGCUGUUCUUGUUGCAUUUACACAGCGGGAAACCAGCUGUGUCCUCAACUCGCUGCGUUUCGCGUAACUAAACAAUGAAUGUAGUAGGUUAAUAUCUUACCUUUUGGCGUAGUCAGUGUGGUAGAAAAAUUUCACAGCAACAACUGCAUCAGCACUGGAUACCUGAGAUAAUUUUAUGUUAUAACCUCAGCAAUGAAUGAGCUUUCUACUGCAUUUUAAGUGCGUGUGCACUUCAAGUUCAAAUAGAUUUGAUUGGCUGUCAAUGGUUUAUCGUUCAUCAUGUGCCAAAAUCGCUAUCGUUAUAGUUGUUGUGUGAACUCUGCUAUUAUCUUUAAUAUAAAACGAUUUUUAAAACUAUAUUUUUAUGUGAACACCCUUUACAGGCACUGUCAUAUUUCUAUCUUCAUCACGGCACCGGAUAAUGAAUCUAUAACAACGUGUUUGUCAUUUAACGUAAGUAAAUUAAAACAGUGGACCAUAUAUGUGAGUUCAUCAUUUGUGCUCUGCAUUGGGGUAUGUGUGAAUAAUCCGAAAAUAAAAACUGCAUGUAAACCGGAGUGAAGAGGUUAGCUCCAGUCAUGUAAACAUCUUACUGCGAUUAAGUCCUUACUCGCAUUAUUGGAAAUAAUCGCAUUAUUGGUGUGCAUGUAAACAUGGUCAAUGAUGUACU